AUGGCAAUCCGACUCAUGACAAUUGACGAUGUCCCAAAGGUCAUGGACUACGUGGUCGAAUUGACCUGGCAAGACGGUUUUCACAAUUACUUCUUCGCCGGCAAGUGGGAACAUCCAUUCGCUUACAGGAGAUGGUGGACUCAAUACGUGCGCAACUUGGUGCUCAAGCCCGGCGUCUACGUCUACGUGCUUGAAGAAGACUCCAAGAUAUUAGGCUGGGUGACGCUGGUUCCGGGAGAUAAUCCCCCGCCGACAGGAUUGGACCUCAGCAAAAGUUCACCUCGCGAGAAGCGCCUCCGGACAUUCUACCGCCACCACGAUACCAUCUUGGAAAAGCUCCGUCCCAACCGCGCAGUGCGAAAUGAGCGGAUAGAUUAUUUUCGCCAGGUCGCCAUGCCGGAAGUGCAGAAGACGGUGAUGAGUGGUGAAGAUAGCCAACACUGGAUGGUUGUCGAGUUCCUCGUUGACCCGUCACUGCCGCGAUUACAGUCGGAAGAUGUGUGGAAGAAGCUGGUUGAUGCUGGUCGUAAGCAGUGCCAGGCGGAUGGAGUGCAGUUUUGGGCUGGUGUUGAGAGGUCGUUGGUGGAAAAGUUUGAGAGGAAUGGAUUUGAGGUUAAGAUGUGGCAGCAGGUUGGGACGGCGGAUUUUGCGGCGAUGAAGUUGGAUGUCAAUUCAUAG